GUCUGCCGUCUACGACUUACGAAAAAAAAAUAAAGUGAGGUCGUCGAUGACUUUGCGAAUAUAACAAAAUUAUACAAAGGAAAAAUCGUGCAGUUGUACUGGAAAUCACUGUUUACUUGAAGGAUUUUUUUAGUUUAAGCGUAUAAAUAUCCACAUCAUGGCCGGCGCGAUGUUAUUUGAGCGUUCGCGUGUGUCUUCGUCAACAACCAGAGAGGAGGACGUCCGCAUGACCGACAAGAUGGUCAGUACUGGAGAAUUGCCUGAAGAUGAUGAAGAAAACAUACGGGCCAAGGAGCAGGGCAUCCUGAACCUCGGCGAGAAGUACAAAAAGGAGGGCAAGGCCAAGGAGUUAGCCGAACUGAUCAAAGCCACCCGGCCGUUUCUCAGCCUGAUAAGCAAGGCGAAAGCGGCGAAACUAGUUCGUGCGUUGGUCGAUUUCUUCCUGGAUUUGGAGGCGGGUAUCGGCAUAGAAGUCCAGUUAUGUAAAGAGUGUAUAGAAUGGGCGAAAGAGGAACGGCGCACGUUCCUGCGGCAGUCGCUGGAGGCGCGUCUGAUCGCGCUUUACUACGACACGGGCAUGUACACGGAUGCGCUGGACCUCGCUACCGCGCUGCUGCGCGAGCUUAAAAAGCUCGAUGACAAAAAUUUACUAGUGGAAGUGCUCCUUUUCGAGAGUAAAACCUUCCAUGCCCUCAGUAAUCUACCGAAAGCGCGCGCCUCCCUGACGUCCGCUAGGACCACUGCCAACGCGAUCUACUGCCCACCGAAGAUGCAGGCUGCGCUCGACCUGCAGUCCGGCAUCUUGCAUGCUGCCGACGAACGGGACUUCAAAACCGCAUAUUCAUAUUUCUAUGAAGCUUUUGAAGGAUAUGAUGGCGCUGAUAGUCCCAAAGCACUCACGGGACUAAAAUACAUGUUGUUGUCUAAAAUUAUGCUGAACCAGGCUGAAGAAGUUGCUGUUAUAUGUGGCAGCAAAGCGGCCCUCAAAUAUGCCGGGAAAGAGUUAGAAGCGAUGAGAGCAGUAGCGACAGCUUCUCACAAGAGAUCCUUAGCUGAUUUCCAAGCUGCACUUAAAACUUACAAGCCAGAACUUGAAGAAGAUGCAGUAGUGAGAGCUCACCUCGGUGCCCUUUAUGAUACUAUGUUGGAACAGAACUUAUGCCGUAUAGUGGAGCCCUACAUGCGCGUCCAAGUGGAACACGUAGCCCGCUCCAUCCGUCUCCCUGUUGUACAAGUAGAGAAGAAAUUGUCCCAAAUGAUCCUGGAUAAGAAGCUGAAUGGCAUCCUAGACCAAGGAGAAGGCGUCCUGAUUGUCUUUGACGAGUCCCCCCUUGAGAAAACCUAUGAGACUGUUCUGGAAACCAUCCAUCAUAUGAGCAAGGUUGUCGAUACUCUCUACCAGAAAGCCAAGAAACUCUCAUAGACUUCUGUAAAAUUGUUGUAGCAUUAAAAAAUAUAAAUAUCAAAACUAACCAUAAUUUU